CUCUGCUGGAGUCUGAGGACUAACAACUCACUGCCAGCCAGCCAUGGGCCAGGAUUAUUACUCUGUGCUCCAGAUCACUCGUAAUUCAGAGGAUGCUGAGAUCAAGAGGGCGUACCGGAAACUUGCCCUGAAGAACCACCCACUGAAGUCACAAGAGCCAUUUGCCGCGGAGACGUUCAGACAAAUAGCAGAGGCCUAUGAUGUGCUGAGCGAUCCUGUGAAGAGAGGCAUCUAUGACAAGUUUGGAGAAGAGGGCCUGAAGGGCGGGAUUCCUCUGGAGUUCGGAGCCCAGACUCCGUGGACAACUGGCUAUAUCUUCCACGGAAACCCUGACAAGGUUUUCCAUGAGUUCUUUGGGGGAGACAACCCUUUCAAUGAAUUUUUUGAUGCAGGAGGAAGUGAUGUGGAUUUGAAUUUUGGGGGACUCAGGGGCCGCGGGGUGAAGAAGCAGGACCCCCCAAUUGAGCGGGAUCUCUACUUAUCCCUGGAGGAUUUGUUCUUUGGCUGCACCAAAAAAAUUAAGAUCUCUCGAAGGGUGCUAAAUGAUGACGGGUACUCCUCUACGAUCAGGGACAAGAUCCUGACAAUCGAUGUGCGGCCUGGAUGGAGGCAGGGCACCCGCAUCUCCUUCGAGAAGGAGGGAGAUCAGGGCCCCAACAUCAUCCCGGCUGAUAUCGUCUUCAUUGUAAGGGAGAAGCUGCACCCUCGCUUCCGCAGGGAGAACGACAACCUCUUCUUUGUGAGCACCAUCCCCUUGGGCAAGGCCCUCACGUGCUGCACUGUGGAGGUGAAGACCCUAGAUGACCGUCUGCUCAACAUUCCCAUCAAUGACAUCGUCCAUCCCAAGUAUUUCAAAAAGGUGCCAGGUGAGGGGAUGCCAGUACCUGAGGACCCCACCAAAAAGGGAGACCUCUUCAUCUUCUUUGACAUUCAGUUUCCCACCCGCCUCACACCCCAGAAGAAGCAGAUGCUGCGCCUGGCACUGCUGACCUGACCUGGCCGGCUGGGGUGCAGCUGGAGUGGGCACGGUAGGCUCACCGGGUGCCAGGGAGCCAGCCCUGCACAGCUGUGACAUGAGGGGGUGGAAUGGGACCUGAUACUGGAAUAAUAAAGGCUUAUUUCCUAUCCUCCACUUCCACCCUGGCGAGUAUUGUGGAGCAGCUUCCUGGUAGUCUUUCGUGCAGGCCCAGGAAGUACUGGGUCCCCAUCCUGACCUGGUCAGAGCCCCUGUGCUCCCACUAGCAUGGGGCAGGACCGCGUGGCAUCUGAGGUCCCCAGGUCUGCCCUAACUCUUCACGACACAAUCUUUGCAUCAGUUGUUGGAAUGUGACAGGCAACUAAAGCACACAUAGAAGAUCUGUUCCAGCUCACUCAGGGGUCAAAGCUGUCCUCAGAGCCUACAGGCUACUUCCCACUGAGCAGCUUAGGUCAGAGAGCACAUAAUGAACACAAGUGCUGGAUAGGCCUUUGGUUCCUAUCUCCAGCCUCAAUCUCUUAUCUGUGAAAUGGGUUCUGGGCUCUAAGUGGGAGUCUUGGGCUCUGAUGCCAGCCCUGCCCUUGUCUUGUUGGUAGAACAGAGCUCCUACUCCAUCACAGGGUGCAGAUUAGAGAAGGUCGCUGAUGUGAGAGUGCUUGGUGGACACGUGCUUGGAUGUCACAGAGGGCUCUGGCACUGCUGCUGAUGUGGCCUGGAGUUCAGUCCUGGGCCCAGCUGGCUCAUACGGCUCACACUGGCCUACCCAAAACCAGCAAGAGCAUCCCGUGUGCCAGGAGAUUCUUAUUUUUGGGAACCAGAGUGUGAGCUAGGAUAGGGCAGAGGGAUGGGUGGCCACUGCUAAGAGUGGCUCCCCAGGGGCCAGAAAGGCCCCACACUACCCACAUUGCCUGUGAUCCUGCCGUUUGAAAUACAGUAUUAGCUUCAGGAUUUUUCUUAAACAGGAGCUCAGCAGCACUUGGCAGCCACUGUUUCUUUCAGUGCUGGGGAUGGAGCCAGGCCCUGUGACUGAGCCGCACCCCCAGUUCAUGUGCUGAAGUUUUUA